GUUCAUGUGCUGGAAAACAGUCUGAGAGACUCUUUAAAUAAAAAGAUUCAGACUUUUCACUUUUCGAGACACUGUCGACGGCGGUAAGAAAAUAAAAGUAAUCGCAUCCGGCUUAAAAAUGUGUACUGUUCAAUCUUUAAUAUGACAUUUAAGAUUACAGAUUUGUCUGCGGCGCUUCGUUAUCAACCAUCUGUAAAUAAUUAAAUCUUUCUUUUUUUUUUAUCAUUUCAUUGAGACCUCUGACAAUUCCACGGAUCCAUCAAUCAGCACUCACAUCUGUACAGAACACCUGCGUUCUUUACACAAUUUCUGUCUCUAGAAAUCAAUGGAUCAAAAAGCUUGUGGAGGCUCGCAGUCUCCUCUGGGCAGAUCUGAGGGACAUGUGUUUUCUGGUUUGGAUACGGAUUUGGAUUUAUACAGAUCUCUCUCUGAUUUAUUAGCCGAUCACAGGAAUCAAGAGCAGGUGUUUGAGGAAAUGAAGAAUGAGGAAACACCUGUGACAGCACACGACACCGCUGUUACUGCGCCUCCACAAAUACCACCAGAACAAACAUGCAGUGCUGGGGUCUCUUGGUACAUAGAAUUAUUUGAUUCAGCUUACGGCAGUAAGAGGAAUGCAUCACUCUACAUGUUGACAUCGAAGCUGUGGUCAGAAUACCCUCACACUCAUACAGAAUGUAACUCCGGGGUGGUGUGGGGCCGCGUGGCCCCUGUGCACAUGUCUCUCCUGGAGCGCACUGAACUGCUCUUCAAAGUAUCUGUGUCCUGGCUGCCUGUGGAACUACCAUACACAACUAAACUGAACAGCACAGCUGAGGAGCUGAUGAAGGCAGUUUUAGUCACUCUUGAUCAUUCUGCCUCAUCCAGUGGACAGUACCAGUUAAAACUCUGUGAUUCUGAGGAAUAUCUCCGGAGUGAUGAUGUUCUGGGUUUCUAUGAACGCAUCCAGGUGUAUCAGAAAUUUGCGUUGGACGUUCCAGUAAGGAUGGUACACAGGAACAAUAUUGACAAAUCACUGGCACGACAUGAGGAGGACGACGUCAAACAGACGUUUGGUUUUCACCCCUUCCUCUCCUCUGCUUGUGCAUUCAACACUAAAAGAUCAUGUCUGCAGGGGAAAUUGAAGAGCUACAGUGAAGCAGUCAGUAAACUCCUCAGAAGCUGGUGUGGUGUCAUUGUAAAUGAGGUUGUGGAAAGUGUUCAUGGCGUGUGUGAUCUGCUGUGUGGCCUCACUACACGAGAUCUAGAGGAAGCCAUCGGUCUACUCACACUGACUCUGACUGAAUUUUGUGACUGUAAAACUGUAGAAGCUGUAGUGAAACUCCAUCAAGCUCUGGUGAAGCUGCUUCACAUUUUCUUCACAAACUUUGAUUUGGACUUAAGAGUACUGGGGGAACAUCAGAGUCCAGCUGCAGCUGAUGUAAAACACAACACCUGCAUGCUACAGCUCAACCUCACAGCUCUCUACGGACUGAUGCCCAGCUGGUUAAACGGUUUUGAUCACUUAAGUAUGAGAUGCUGUCUCACACACUGCGGCAGGAAUUUGACUGAUCCAGUGCUGUCUGACAACAUCAGCACGUCACUGCAACUCCACCACAACAUCCAGUGCAACCGUUUAUUGGUGUUUCCUGUUGCAGUACUGGAGCUUCCGUAUGAAUCAGUAUUGACUUUCUCUCUUCUGGGCUCAAAACAGAGCAAGAGACCUGAGCUGUUGUGUUGGGCGGUCCUUCCUCUCUUUAAUAACAAGACUCUAGUCAGUGGAACAGUUCUGUUUAGCAUGUCCACCAAACUGCCUCCCAGAUGUCCUCCAUCACCAGCACUGACUGAAGACCACCGGCAGCCCACUGGACUCAUUUUACAGAUUGAUUUCCCAGAAUCAGGCCAGUGGCGGUACGAGCGAGCGGUCGCUGUGUCUGGAUCAGUGCUGGAGUGGACACCAUGUGAAGAGCUUCAGAGGAGAAUAAGAGAUGUGUGUCAGAAACACUGCCUGAUGCUCAUGACUGAGAAUGAAAAAGCCUUCCUUUGGAGUAAACGACACAUCUGCAAUAAGGAGAACUCAUACCUGCACUUGGUCCUGGGCAGUGCUCCGCAGUGGCGGCCGCAGAAUUUACCAGAAAUAUAUUCCAUCCUAGAGCGCUGGAUCCCCCUCAGCACUGAAGAAGCCCUGUUCCUUUUGAGUCACGAUUUUCAUGAUGAGUAUGUGCGUUCAGUGGCUGUGCAGCACUUUGAGCAACUCUGUGACUCCCAGCUCGAGGAAUAUCUGCCGCAGCUGGUGCAGGCUCUGAAGAUGGAGUGGGAGUUUGAUGGGCCAUUGAUGACCCUUCUGCUCUCACGAUCUCUGUGCUGCAUCCGUAUCGCACAGCAGAUGUACUGGCUAGUCAUGGACGCUCAGGAUGAUUUUCUCUAUAAGAGUUGGAUAAGUAAAGUGUUGUCAGCACUAAUGCAUUGCUACGGAUGCGCUUUGAGACAUGAGAUGCAACAGCAGAGCAGAUUGGUGGAUCUCCUCACUGAAGUGGCGCGGAAAGUCCACGCAGCUGGCAAAACCAAGAGAAAGGAUGUGUUAAGAGGAGAGAAAUGGAAAAUUGAAAGUUUUUUUUCCGAUGGGAUGUCCUGUAGGCUUCCAUUAGACCCAGCUGUUGUGGUGAAAGGUGUGAAUAUUGAGGCACUCAAGUUUUUUAAUUCCAACGCUGCACCUGUGGAAGUGUCCUUCAUCACCACUGACCCACUGGGCCAGAACUACAGCGUCAUCUGUAAAACGGGAGAUAGCCUGCGUCAGGACAUGCUGAUGCUGCAGAUAGUGAAGGUUCUGGACCGUGUGUGGAGAGAGGAGGGACUGGACAUGCAGAUGGUCACGUACAAAUGCAUUUGUACAGGAAGAGAUCAAGGAUUGGUGGAAGUGGUGCCUGAUGCGGUGACUUUGGCAAAAAUUCAGCAAGAGUGGGGUCUGUCUGGAGCAUUGAGAGAAGACACCUUAGAGAAGUGGUUCCACAUGAGGAACAAGACCAAAGAGGACUAUGAGAAAGCUGUUAUGAAUUUCCUUCACUCUUGUGCUGGCUGGUGCAUUGCCACAUUCGUCCUGGGCAUCUGUGACCGUCACAAUGACAACAUCAUGAUCAAACACAGUGGCCAUAUGUUCCACAUCGAUUUUGGAAAAAUCAUGGGCAAUGCCCAAAAGUUUGCCAACAUCAAGAGAGACCGAACGCCCUUCAUCUUUACAUCCGAGAUGCAGCGCUUCAUCACAGGAGGUGGGGAGAACCCUCAGCGCUUCCAUCGUUUCGUCGAGUUGUGCUGUGCCGCAUAUAACAGCCUGCGCAGACGAACGGCACUAGUGCUCAGUUUGCUGCAGCUGAUGUUGGGUGCUGGCAUGCCAGAGAUGAAGGACAUUCAGGACCUACAAUAUGUUCACAACAACCUGAGGCCUCAUGACUCUGAGCUGGAGGCGACUUCAUAUUUUACCAAAAAAAUUAAGGAGAGCAUGGAGAGUUUCCCAGUCAAGCUGAACUUCCUCAUCCACAACAUUGUGCAGUUACCAUCGAUCAAACGAACAGAAUCGUGCCACAAGAAUCAUAUCCCGUCUAACAGGAACAUACAGGAAGCCGUCAUCCAGAGAUACACCGCGAACGGCAAAGAUGUGUUGUAUGAGUUGAAAGUGACCAUUGAGGAUGGAUACUUCAUCAGUCAGAAGAGCUUUGCUCAGUUUGAGAUGGUCCAUAAGCUGCUUCAGAGGCACUUCAUGGAGUCAACGCUACCAAAAUUCCCAAGCUGGUUUAAUAUGUCCUUCACACCUGGCAGAAAGAUGUCUCUGUUGAACAAAUAUCUAAAAGAGCUGUUUGAAGGGCCUUGCAAAGGGAAUGAAUACGUCUGCAGCUUGUUUUUGGAUGGACCAAACACUGCUGUCAAAUCAGACACACAUCUCCAACCACAGAUUCAACUUUACAUAUCUUACAAAGACUUCAAGUUAUCUGUGAUGAUAAAACAUUUAAAAAACAUUAGAUUAUCGAAUGGCUCGUGUCCCGAUGCGUAUGUGGUCACACGGCUACGACCAGACCCACAGGACAACACAAAGAGGAAGACCAAGGUAGCCCGCAACAAUGACAAUCCCACAUUCAAUGAGCUGAUUGAGUACAGGAAUGUCCUGAACCUCCAUGGCCAUGUACUGGAGGUCACAGUCAAGAGCAGGAAGACCUUUGUAGCUGCUACCAACGUGGUUCUGGGGGAAAAAGUUCUAGACCAAGAGAAGUGGUUUAUUCUCGGUUUUUCCCCUGUUUAAAGAUCAAGCUGUUUACUAAAGACUUUAUUUCAACCAUUUGAACAAACAUGAGGUUAAUGUUUUUUUUUCUGCAAAUAACCUGUUUAUGAACUGUUCAAACUGAUCUGGUUGGAUGGUUUUAGAGAGGUUUUGGGGGGGUUUGGAGAAAUAUUGAUAAAGAUAAUUGUUUUAAAUUACCUUAAAAAAGAUUUAAGGUAAUUAGUUGUUUUUAAUUAUAUGAAGAAACUCAAUAUGCUUUUUAUGCUUUUCUACAGCAGAGAAUACUCUAAAACUAAAUGUAAUAAUAUAUGUAAUGGAUACAUUAAUAUUACAAAAAGAAGCAAUAAACAUAAGAAUUGUGGGAAAAUAAAUAAGCUCCAAAAGACAGUAGAACUGCAAACUGAACUGCAAAAUUCAGCCCGUUGUAUUACGCUUAACAAAAUUCACUUCCUCAAAUUCACCCUAUGUUAGUGCUUCCUCCCUAUUGUGCACAUGAAAUAGUCCUGCCAACAUGUUAACCUCUUUAUACUUUUUAUAGUCUUCACAGACUCUGGAAGCUUGCACCUCAAUGGACGACCCACAGAUGAUAAAUGAAAUAUUGCGAACACACAUUUGAUUAACAAAGCAAUGAUUGUGUAAAAACAGUAGGUCUUGGCCUCCAGCACAAAAAUAAUUAUAAAAGGAUGUAUUUAUUUAUGUGGUUAAUUCGAAAAUAAAUGUAAACAUUUCUCAGUGAGCUAAAUUACAAGUAUUUAUAAAAAUAUGCACAAAUCUAUGAAUGAGCGACACUAUACGGUCAGAUUUCAACACUUCACCAUGGACCACAAGGAAGCACUUAAAAGUGCUUCAAAUGUAGAGAACGCUAAGACCAGCACCGCCACUGCCUACACCCAUAUUACGCAGUCUGCAUAGGGCACCAACUCCCUAAGUGGGCACCAUCUUACCCAAGGAGGGCAGCAGAAAGUCCACCGACUGCCCUUACUCGCACAUUAUAUGUUAUUCAAGGACAUGAAAGCAGUUGCGGAACACAGACUUCAUAUAGUAGUUCAAUAAAAGUUAAAUAAUAGAAGUCAGUUGAAUCAUAAUCAGUUGUGACAUGAGAUAAGCAAAUGAUCAAAUAAAAAUGGCACUUGUGUUUAUUGUUGAUUUGUCUGUCUUAGCCUACGAGAACAUUUAGUGCAGCAUUUCUUUUUAUUUGUUGUUUAUAGUUUCAUUAGAAUUAAUUGAGAUAUUUUGAGGUAUGAUUUAUGAUUAGCAAUGAUGACAUGUCACCCAUUGAAAUUAGGUUUCACUUUGCUCUUUAUUUUAACCUGGCAAAUGUACUUGUGCUCUCAUAUGCUACAAGCCCUGGGAAAUAAUAUCUCUGAGAUUUUCAGAGGAUCGUGUAGUUUGGG